CUCUUGUGGUGCUACAUACUAUCGACAAGCUCACGAGUUACUCCAUAGUAGUAGAUCUGUUAGUAAGUAAGAGGCUUGAAUCGUCCCCAAAGAAAACGUGAGCUCGAUUACAUACGACAAUGCAAGUAUACAUCCAAUCAGCAGCCAGAGCCACUAUUCCCACUCUCCGGCGGGGAGCUGCUCUCCAAGCUCGUGCAUCUUUAUCCCAUCGUUUUCCAGCCUUCAUCUUCCCUUUCUCCUCUUCUCACUUUUCCUCCUCAUCAAACACCUUCACACCACAAGCCAAAAUGUCUGGAAAGGAGCCCGUUCUCACCGCCAACGCCCCCAAGCCUCUGCCCGGCAUCUACAGCCAGGCCAUCAAGGCCAAUGGCAUGGUCUUUGUCUCUGGCGCCGUGCCCAUGGACCCCGUCACCUCGGACCUGAUUCCCGGCGACAUCCAGGCUCACACCCACCAAUGCAUCAAGAACCUGUCUGCCAUCCUCGAGGCUGCCGGCACCAGCCUGGAGAAGGUCGUCAAGGUCAACGUCUUCCUGGCCGACAUGGCCGACUUUGGCAAGAUGAACGAGGUCUACAGCACCUACUGGGGCGAUGUCAAGCCCUGCCGAACAUGCGUGGCUGUCAAGACCCUGCCGCUGGGCACGGAUGUCGAGAUUGAGUGCACUGCUGUCCUGUAAAUGGGAUUUUAGGGGGGAAAAAGGAAAUACCAAAGGAAUAAAGAAAAAUAAAAUAUAAAGACCAAAAAAGGGAACAAUUUCGCCUCAUCUGUUGCUUCGUCAUUUGUGUGCUGUAUAAAUUUCUUGUCGCGCUUCAACUAUUCAUUAGGUACUCUCUCCGUGUAAGUGAACAUGACAUGUCACGUCAAGUCAAGUCAACAAGUCGAAUUUAGCCGGUUCAUAUCCAAAAAAAAGAAUGCAAUUCAAUUUGUCG